CGUAGUCCCGGUGGCGAUGGCGGCGCGGCUGCUCCCGCUGCUCCCGCUGCUGCUGCGCUGGGCCCGGCCCGUCCAGGGCACCGCCCCGCCGGGCGGCGGAUGGCUGGCGGGCUCGGUGCCGGAGGAGGAGCGCUGCACCGUGGAGCGGGUCGAUGCCUCCCUCACAUACUCCCUCUUCCUGCAGCGGUUCGCCUUCUCCCGGCCGGUGAUCCUUGGCGGGGUCACGGACAACUCGGCGUUCCGAGCCCUGUGCACCCGGGAGAAGCUGCUGGCGGCGUUCGGGCCGCUCCCGGUGCGGCUCAGCACGGCCAACACCUACUCGUACCGCAAAGUGGAUGUGCCGUUCCAGGAGUACGUGGAGCGGCUGCUGCAGCCGCAGGACCCGGCCCGGCUGGGCAGUGACACCCUGUACUUCUUCGGCGACAACAACUUCACCGAGUGGGGCCCCCUGUUCCAACACUACGUGCCCCCUCCCUUCCGCAUCCCGGGCACCAGCCCUGCCUACAGCUUCGGGAUCGCAGGCUCAGGCUCCGGCGUUCCCUUUCACUGGCACGGCCCCGGUUUCUCCGAGGUGAUUUUUGGCAGGAAGCGCUGGUUCCUGUACCCCCCGGAUAAAACCCCCCACUUCCACCCCAAUGAGACGACGCUGGCCUGGCUCCAGCACACGUACCCCACACUGCCCCCUGCUCAGCGCCCGCUCGAGUGCACCCUGCGCCCCGGGGAGGUCCUGUACUUCCCUGACCGCUGGUGGCACGCGACACUCAACCUGGACACCAGUGUCUUCAUCUCCACCUUCCUUGGGUAGAGCCAGGAAGGACAAGGAUGUGUCACCAUCAUCCUGGACACUGCAGGAAUUCCUGCCACCCUCAGGGAAAGGAAACUGGUUUGGGGACCAACUGCCUGAGAAAGUUCUGGUUUUUACUGGUCUUUUUCCUCCCCCUUGGAUUAAAGUUGUUCUACUGUA